AUGUCCCUAAUAAGAUCGCACAGCCAGUGGCCUGGAGGCAUCCCCUCCUUCAUUCGCCGACACGAAGAACCCGUCGCCCCUGAAAAUUUCCAUGCCGCCUCUCGUGCAUGGAGGCAUUUUGUUCGUGACCAGUGGGUCGGCGGCGACGCCGCGGAUCAACAGAAACGAGCUUUGAUCGAACGGUGGGCAACAGCAGACCAACAAUUUCGCGAUAGCUAUCAAUCCCGAGCACUCGAGGACGAGCCUAGUUUUUUUGAAGGUCCCGAACUUACAGCAUGA